AAGUUAAUCACAAACAUGCAACUAAACUAACUCUUCUGUAGCAUAAGAUAUUAAUAGGAUAAGAUCCAAAAGCAAAGAAAAAAAAAAUCUGCAAAUUCAAUUUCCCCCCUUUUUCUCCCCCACUCCCAAUCCACCACUGUCAUCAAUAAAUAUUAUAUUUUAAUAAAUAAAAAAGAAAUUAUUAACACAGAGAGAGUCAAAAGUCGAAGAAAGAACAAGUUGAUUGAAUGGUAAAUGUAACACUAAAUGGGUGGCGGAGGAACGAUCGCCGAUGGACUCCGUCGUUUGUUUCAACGUCGAUCUACAACCACCAAGCACCACCACCACCGCCACCACAAUGAUGACGACGACAACGACCGCGUCUUCGUGAAAGAUUUGCGCUCACAGUUGGCAAUUAUUCCAACCACUAACAAUCACGAUCACGAUCACGAUCAUCACUAUCAUACUACUACUACUACUACUGCUUCAUCUCUCUUCAACAUCAAAGUUCCUGUUCAAUCUCUCUUCCCUCCUUCUUCCAUGGAUCCAAACAAAAAGGGUGCGCCGGAGACAGAGUUUUUUACUGAGUACGGUGAGGCAAGUCAAUACCAGGUCCAAGAGAUUAUUGGAAAAGGAAGUUACGGUGUUGUGUGUUCUGCGAUCGACAUUCACACUGGCGAAAAAGUUGCAAUCAAGAAAAUUCACGAUGUUUUCGAGCAUGUAUCCGAUGCUACGCGGAUUCUAAGAGAGAUUAAGCUCUUGCGCUUGCUUCGACAUCCCGAUAUUGUAGAAAUUAGGCAUAUUAUGCUUCCUCCUUCGCGUAGGGAGUUCAAGGAUGUCUAUGUUGUUUUUGAGUUGAUGGAAUCCGAUCUGCAUCAAGUAAUUAAGGCGAAUGAUGAUCUUACUCCGGAGCAUCAUCAGUUUUUCUUGUACCAGCUUCUCCGUGGGCUUAAAUAUAUACAUACAGCGAAUGUGUUUCACCGUGAUUUGAAGCCGAAAAACAUUCUUGCUAAUGCUGAUUGCAAAUUGAAGAUAUGUGAUUUUGGACUUGCUCGGGUUUCGUUUAAUGAUGCUCCGUCUGCUAUUUUCUGGACUGACUAUGUUGCAACCCGGUGGUACCGUGCACCUGAACUAUGUGGUUCUUUUUUCUCAAAAUAUACCCCUGGAAUUGAUAUUUGGAGCAUUGGAUGCAUAUUUGCAGAAAUGCUUAUUGGGAGGCCAUUGUUUCCCGGAAAAAAUGUGGUGCACCAAUUGGAUCUCAUGACUGAUUUGCUCGGUACUCCUCCUCCCGAGUCCAUUGCGAGAAUUCGAAAUGAGAAAGCUAAAAGGUAUCUUAAUAGCAUGCGGAAAAAGCAUCCUGUUCCACUCUUCCAGAAAUUUCCAAAUAUAGAUCCUCUGGCUCUUCGUAUACUGGAGCGCUUACUUGCAUUUGAUCCUAAAAACCGUCCAUCAGCCGAAGAGGCUUUGUCUGAUCCUUAUUUCCAUGGUUUAUCAAACAUUGAUCGCGAGCCAUCCACUCACCCCAUUUCAAAACUUGAGUUUGAAUUCGAGAGAAGGAAAUUGACUAAAGAUGAUGUCAGAGAAUUGAUUUAUCGGGAGAUUUUGGAGUAUCAUCCCCAGAUGCUUGAGGAAUAUCUUAGUGGUGGAGAUCAAACCAGCUUCAUGUAUCCAAGCGGGGUUGAUCGAUUCAAGCGACAGUUUGCACAUCUUGAGGAACAUUAUGGCAAUGGCAAAGGCAAAGGCGAACGAAGGUCACCAUUGCAGAGACAGCAUGCCUCCUUACCUAGAGAGCGAGUUCAUACUUCCAAGAAUGAAAAUAAUGAAAACAACGAUAUUGAAAUGCCGACUCAGACUGGACCAAAUCUUCAGAGUCCACGUAGCUUGUUGAAGAGUGCCAGCAUUAGUGCUUCAAAGUGUAUAGAUGUGAAAAGAAGUAAUGAUCCAGAGGAACCAAUCAUAGAGGUCAAUGACGACGCAGCAGACGAAUUGAUUGAUAACCUGGCUGCCCUGCAUGCUUAAUUCUAGUUUAAUUACGAUUUUGAAGCAUUGCAUAGAAAUUCUUCCAGUUGUUUGUGCUAGAAGCUAACAUGAGGAACUCAUUUUUAAGGAAUGUCAUUUUGUAAUACCGCAGUAGGUUCUGUAAUUAGGAUGUAUUUGUGUGUACCAAAACACAAUGUAUACUACUGAUAUAUUUUGAAACAAGGAACAACAUUUUGUCGCAGCAUUUCCUUCUCAUUAUAAAUAAACAAAACAUUAUUAUUCA